GGGGCCGGUCAGGUGACCGCUCAUACUCUGCGACGCCAUGAAGCUGUGUGCUGCCCUGCUAUGUCUGCUGGUCUCAGUCUCUGCAUCUCCCUUGUUGGGGAAAGAGCAAUGUGCCGGUGGCCCGGUAGUCUGGUGUGUGAAUGUCCAAACUGCAUCUCAGUGUGGCGCGGUUAAGCACUGCCAGCAGAAUGUCUGGAACAAACCCACAGUGAAAUCUGUUGAGUGUGAUGUGUGCAAAGAGAUAUUGACCGUAGUGGUGAACUUCUUGAAGGAGAACGGUACACAGAGUGAAAUUGAGAGCUACUUGGACAAAGUGUGUGACUUGGUGCCUGAUCCUUCCUUUGCUUCAGAGUGCAAACAAAUGGUGGACACCUACUACCCAGUUUUGUAUCAACUUGUGGAAUCAGAGCUGGAAAAUCCAGGUGUAGCAUGUGGUGCUCUUGGUUUAUGCAAAAAUCUCCAACAGCAUCUUGGCAGCUUGAGUCCACAGCAGCUCCAGACUAAUGAGAUCCCUGAAACAGUGGACCCAAAACUGGUUUACCCUUUCAUAGCCAAUGUUCCUCUACUACUGUAUCCUGAGAAGGAUAUUCUUCAGGAACCUAAGACUGGAGAUGUCUGCCAAGAUUGUCUACAGCUAGUAACUGAUUUGCAAGAAAAGCUCCGAAGCAAUUCCUCUUUUUACCACUCACUGCUGGAUCAAGCUCUAAAGGGAUGUGAUCAGCUUGGUGGUGGCCUCAGUGAUAUGUGCAAGACUUACAUUAACCAGUAUGCAGAGUUUGUCGUGCAAGCUGUGCUGCAGAUGACUGCAAAACAGAUCUGUUCCCUUGUUGCAUUCUGUGGUGAAAUGAAUACACCUCCACAAUCUCUUACUCCAGCUAAACUGGUUCCAGCAGUCAACCUGCAGCCAGCUAUCAAAUUUGAAAAGGAGCCUUCUGUUCAGGUAGAUCCAGUCUGUGAAGUGUGUACAUUGAUGGUAACAGAACUGGAGAAUCUUCUGGAACGCAACCAGUCAAAGCAAGCCAUAGAGGAAGCUCUGGAGAAGGUCUGCUAUAUCCUUCCUAACAAAUACAGACAGCAAUGCAGAGAUUUUCUUAAAACUUACAGCGAAGCCAUUAUUGAGCUGUUGGAACAGGAAUUUGAUCCAAAAUUGAUUUGCAGCUUUCUUGGUGUCUGCCUUGAGAAAAAAACUUCAGUUAUUGUAAAACUAGACCCCGAGAUGGUGACAUCUGGUGAAUAUUGUCAGGUGUGCAAGAUGAUUGUGAAUUACGUGGAUACGAUUUUGGAGAAAAAUGUCACAGAAGAGAGAAUUAAGGCUGCACUACAAAGAGUCUGUGCUUUCCUCCCAGAUGCUCUGAAAGAUCAGUGCUCUUCAAUUAUUGCUGAAUAUGAGCCUAUGUUUGUGCAGUUGCUUCUGCAAGCUUUGGACCCAACUUUUGUGUGUAUGAAGCUAAGUCUUUGUCCAGGUUCCAAGAUGCCUCUUCUUGGGACAGAUAAAUGCAUGAUGGGACCAAGCUACUGGUGUAGGGACAUGAAUACUGCUGAAGUUUGCAAUGCAAUCCAACACUGCAAACUGCAUGUGUGGAACUAACUUCUCCCAAUGACUGAAGAACUGAAGUGAUACUUUUGUCGAUCGAAAAUUGCCCCUUUCCAGCUUGACUGUCAAUGGAGGACUAUUCGCUUCAUGUCUGAUUUUGUUAAUGUGCUGUACAUAAUUUUUGUUAAUCUAAAUAGGACUUGAACUAAACCUUUAGAUUCCCCCACCUCCACAAAGAUAUUUUGUGAUUUAAAUGGCUUCAUUACCAUAGUUGUUCCCUCCUUAACACAUGGGCUAACUACAAUGUAUUCUUAAAUUUGGGACAUGGUUGAGAUUUUUCUGCUCAAGGCAUAUGGGGCUUUAACCAUCUGUUGUCUCCUGGAAAUAAAAAGGUGAUCAUAUAUAGUCAAUUAUUUGAACCCAACGUAUCAUAAAUGUAGAUCUAAAGAUCUAAUGGGGAUAUAGGGUUGGUUUGGUUUGGUUUUAAUUGAGUGGUAUACUCUAUAGAAACUCUACCGGUGCAAUGUCUCUGUAGAAUUUUACAGUUUGUAAUAUCUAUAAACUAUUUUGAGAUUAGUUAUUUUUCUGUCUUAAGUGGUGAUUCUAAUUUACGUGACUUUACUAGACCCCAAUGACACAUGUUUGUUAUACACACAGUAGUGUAAAUGUUGCAUUCUUUCAAAAAUCAUGUUUUGAUUAAAUUAUAUUGGUGUCGCUUUAAGAAACAAAAAUGCAAGUAGUCCAUUUAGGUCUCUGGUUAAGCUAGUGAUCUCUUGCCUUAAUUUGUAAUGCAGAACCCCCUGUAGGGCAGACCUGACAUUUAUUUUGACAAAAUGAGGGCAAUUUACAUGUUUGCUUUGGAAAUGUAUUUGGAUGUAACUACUGGUAUUGCCCUCCAUUUUCAUAAAUUAGUUUUUAUUGACUUGCCUUUGCAAUAAAAUACAUUUGAAUUGGAAUCCA